AGGAAACGGCUCCCAUGACAACCUGCAAGGGAGCGGUGCAGAGCUCUGGGAAAGAGGCAUGAAGGUGGACGUGGGUGGGAGCAGCUCAGACGCAAUAUGUCAGCGCUUCAGUCAGUUGGACUACCUGGAGGCAGAGGGGCCCCGAGCAGUUUGCAGCCGCCUCCACCAUCUCAGCCGUCAGUGGCUGCAGCCAGAAAGCCACACGAAGGCUCAGCUGCUGGACUGUGUGACCCUGGAGCAGUUCCUGACUAUCCUUCCCCCAUGGCUGGAGAGCUGGGUGAGGGAGUGCGGAGCGGAGACCAGUGCCCAGGCGGUGGCUCUGGCCGAAGGCGCCCUGCUGAGCCAGGCAGAGGAGGGGAAGCAGGAAGAGGAGCAGAGUCAGCGAAUAUCGGACAAAGCAGCCACAGAGUUCCCUGCAGCAGGGAAGACUCCGUCGGAUCCCACACAGGGACUGCUUUUCAGGGAAAUCUUGCAGGAGGGUGCUGGAGGACCCACCUCAUUGGGAAAUAGAAUGACCUGCAGGGAGGAUGAAUUGAUGCUGGCUGUUCCUUUGAGGCCUCCUUUGUUUUGUGGUGGAGUGCAGACACCAUCCCUGCAUGCAGAAAAGGGUGUGAUGAGUCUUGAGGAGGUUGCGGUGCAUUUCUUGGAGGACGAGUGGGCCCUGCUGGACCCUGGCCAGAGGGCUCUGCACCAGGAGGUCAUGGAGGAGAUCCUGGCUUCUCUGGUGGAUUGCAGGGGGAGCUACAGAAACAGUGUGCACCAAAGACAGGAGAUCACAGACAAAGAAAACUGGAAAAAUGAGUCCAUUUCUUUUGAAAUGUCAGAAUUUUGUGAUAUUCCAAUGGUACAAGCACCUUCCAAAGCAAGCAAAAUUAAUAUUUGCAAUGGGGAGAGACAGUGGGAACGCUUCGAGGACAUAAGGAGGCAUCAGAUCCACCAUUCCAGUAAACAAGAAAUUCACAAAUGGGGGAAGACCUUCGGGUGCUCCAAGUCUGCAAAGGAAUUCAGUUGCAGGUCAGACCUUAACAAAGAAAAAGGAAUUCAUACAGGGGAUAAGCCUUAUAAAUGCUUAGAGUGUGGAAAGAGCUUUGCUCGGAACUCACACCUUAACUCGCAUAAAAUAAUUCACACAGGAGAGAAGCCCUUUCAGUGUUCAGUGUGUGGAAAGAGCUUUUCUCGGAACUCACACCUUAACUCACAUAAAGUAAUUCACACAGGAGAGAAGCCUUUUCAAUGCUCAGUGUGUGGAAAGGGUUUUGGUCGUAAACAAACCUUGAAGGUACAUCAGAAUAUCCACACAGGGGAGAAGCCCUAUACUUGCUCUGAAUGUGGGAAGAGCUUCCUUGAUCACAUACACCUUAAACGGCAUCAAAGAAUUCACACAGGGGAGAAGCUGUACAAAUGCUUUGACUGUGGAAAGGCCUUUAUGGAAAGUGGGUCCCUUCAAACCCAUCAAAAAAUCCAUACAGGGGAGAAGCCAUAUAAAUGCUCAGAAUGUGGGAAAAGCUUUGCUCGGAACUCACAUCUUAACUCACAUAAAGUGAUUCACACAGAAGAGAAGCCCUAUCAUUGCUCAGUGUGCGGAAGGGGCUUUAGUGGAAGCGGGAACCUUAGAAACCAUCUCAGAAUCCACACAGGAGAGAAGCCCUUUCAGUGCUCCGUGUGUGGGAAGAGUUUCCGUCAAAAUGGAACCCUUAAAGUCCAUCAGAAUAUUCACAAAGGAGGGAAGCCCUACAUCUGCUCUCAGUGUGGGAAGAGCUUCCUCGAUUGUGGAAGGCUUAAACAACAUCAAAAAAUCCACACAGGGGAGAAGCCAUUUAAAUGCUCAGAAUGUGGAAAGAGCUUUGCUCAGAAAUCACACCUUAAGUCACAUACAGUAAUUCACACAGAGGAGAAACCGUAUCAAUGCCUGGAGUGUGGAAAGAGUUUCAGUCGUAGGAUAAGCUUCAAGAAACAUCAAAAUAUGCAUACAGGGGAGAGGCCCUACCAAUGCUUCAACUGUGGGAAGAGUUUUCGUAUUAGCAGUCAUCUUAGACAGCAUAAAAGAAUCCACACAGGAGAGAAGCCCUAUGUAUGUUUAAAGUGUGGAAAAAGCUUCAGCUGGAGUGCAUCUCUUAAACUCCAUCAAAGCAUCCACACAGAGCAGAAGUCCUAUAAAUGCUCAGAGUGUGGAAAGAGCUUCACCUCACACUCUUAUCUAAAUGUGCAUCAGCGCAUUCACACUGGUGAGAAGCCAUUUAAAUGCUCAGAGUGUGGAAAAGGCUUCAGUUGGAGAAAAUCUCUUAAAAUCCAUCAAAGAAUCCACACAGGGGAGAAUCCACACAAAUGCUUAAAGUGUGGAAAGAGCUUCCGUCAGAGUUCAGUCCUUAAAGCUCAUCAGAGAAUCCACACAGGAGAGAAGCCCUUUCAGUGUUCAGUGUGUGGCAAAGGUUUCAGUCAAAACAUACACCUUAAGUUACAUCAGAAUAUCCACACGGGGGAAAAGCGCUAUCGAUGCUCAGUGUGUGGAAAGGGUUUCAGUCAAAACAUAAACCUUAAGGUGCAUCAGAAUAUCCACAAAGGGGAGAAACCCUACACUUGCUUGGGAUGUGGGAAGAGUUUCCGAGACUGCAGAAAGCUUAAACAGCAUCAAAGAAUUCACACAGGGGAGAAACCAUAUACAUGCUCAGAAUGCGGUAGGAGCUUUGCUCAGAAAUCAUACCUUAACUCACAUAAAGUAACUCACACAGGAGAGAAGCCCUUUCUGUGCUCAGUGUGUGGAAAGCGUUUCAGUCAAAAUGGAAGCCUUAAGGUACAUCAGAGAAUCCACAAAGAAGUGAAACCCUACCCUUGCUCUGAAUGUGGGAAGGGCUUCCUUGAUGGCAGAAAGCUUAAACAGCAUCAAAGAAUUCACACAGGGGAGAAGCCAUAUGAAUGCUCAGAAUGUGGAAGGGGUUUUGCUCAGAAAUCACACCUUAACUCACAUAAAGUAAUUCACACAGGAGAGAAGCCUUUUGAGUGCUCAGUGUGUGGCAAGAGUUUCAGCCGUAGGAAGAGCCUUAAAGCUCAUGGAACUAUCCAUGGAAGCAAAAGGCCUUAGAUAUGCCUCCACUGUGUGGGAAAAGCUUCUCCCUCACUGUGAGCCUUAAAAACCAUCUAAGAUUACACAAGGAGAGGAGCCGUAUGAAUGCAGAGAGAGUAAAAAUGGUUUCAAUCCAAGUAGAAGCUGAAAAUCACAUCAGAGAAUCCAUACAGGAGAAAUUUGAGUGUGUGAAAUGAACUUCCAUCAAAGCAAUACAUGAGAUUUCAAUAAAGAUCCAGAAAAUCUCUGCAAUGACAAUAAGGGAAAGACUUUCACUUCAAAGGAUUAAAAUUCAGUAGAAAAAACAGAAAUACUUAGAAGACAGGAUGUGACCAAUUGUGGGGUGCACUCGUGCACUCAGAUGAGAUUCCCAGGCACGCACAGGAGAUGGAGGGCUUGGGUGGGAAUGGCAGCUCAGACUUGGAGGAGGGGGAGU